AUGGCGGCGGCGACGGCGGCGGCUGCGGCUGCGGCCUCCUCGGCCUCGGGGUCAGGGGGCCCUCGAGAGGAGGCCGAAGCCCCGUGCCUAGCUUGGGACGAAUCCCAGCUCCGCAGCUAUAGCUUCCGGACGCAGCCCAUCCCGCGCCUGAGCCAGAGCGAUCCUCGGGCCGAGGAGCUCAUCGAGAGUGAGGAGCCUGUGGUAUUGACUGACACAAACUUAGUGUAUCCUGCCCUGAAAUGGGACCUCGAUUAUCUGCAAGAGAACAUUGGCAAUGGAGAUUUCUCAGUGUAUAGUGCCAGUACCCACAAGUUCCUGUACUAUGAUGAGAAAAAGAUGGCUAACUUCCAAACUUUUAAACCAAGGUCCAACAGGGAAGAAAUGAAAUUCCAUGAGUUUGUAGAGAAGCUACAGGACAUACAGCAGCGGGGCAGUGAAGAGAGGUUAUAUCUGCAGCAGACUCUGAAUGACACAGUAGGCAGGAAGAUUGUCAUGGACUUCUUGGGUUUUAACUGGAACUGGAUUAAUAAACAGCAGGGAAAGCGUGGCUGGGGGCAGCUGACCUCUAACUUGCUGCUUAUUGGCAUGGAAGGAAAUGUGACACCUGCUCAUUAUGAUGAACAACAAAACUUCUUUGCUCAGAUCAAGGGCUAUAAGCGAUGCAUCCUAUUUCCUCCAGAUCAGUUUGAGUGCCUCUAUCCAUACCCUGUGCAUCAUCCCUGUGAUAGGCAGAGUCAGGUGGAUUUUGAUAAUCCUGACUAUGAGAGAUUCCCCAACUUCCAAAAUGUGGUUGGCUAUGAGACGGUGGUUGGCCCUGGUGAUGUUCUUUACAUCCCUAUGUAUUGGUGGCAUCACAUAGAAUCAUUGCUAAAUGGGGGAACCACCAUCACUGUGAACUUCUGGUACAAGGGGGCACCCACCCCUAAGAGGAUUGAAUAUCCUCUUAAGGCUCAUCAAAAAGUGGCCAUAAUGAGAAACAUUGAGAAGAUGCUGGGAGAAGCCCUAGGGAACCCGCAAGAGGUAGGCCCCUUGUUGAACACGAUGAUCAAGGGUCGAUACAACUAGCCUGUCGGAAGGUUGAGGCCUCCUUGAUGACUGCCAACCCUCCCAUCCCAUCCCAUCCCAUCUUGUCCGGUCCACGCUGCUUCGUUGAUGAGGACUGGAAGAUCCAGAGUGAUAGUAAUUGCACGCAGCACUUAACAGACUGGGUUCCUGCCCCAGCCUCCUGUGGCAGGAGUGUGAGGUCAGGGGGGCCAUUAAGCAACCCAUCCUCCUCUGCUCCUGUCUUGAGUGAUUUCUUCCUUCUCCACUUCUGUUCCUACUCACCUUCCCUUUUUGCCCCCAAGUCCUGCAUUCAUUGUGGAGUUCCAGUUUUGCGUCAUUGUCUGUGUGCUUGUCUGUCUUUGUGUCCUUCCUCCCAGGCCCCUGAGGCUGUGAUGGUGCUCUUGUCGCUUGGCAUGAUGUCCAACAGCCUCACUGCCAUUGUCUGGGUAAGGGAAGGAGCCAAGUCUACCUGGAUCAUGUUUGCAUCUUUGAAGGGAGUCUGUUGACCUGAUGACUAGUGUCCUAGGCUCCUGAAACUCCUGAGUUUUUCAGCCUUUCUUGUCUCCAUUCUGGCCAGAUACUUUGCCUGUACACCAACAGUCUAGUUUGAUUUUGUACAGUGUGAGUGUAUUCUGGGUACCACAAGAAGGAAGGAGCUGUCUGACUUAUGUGUCCAUAUUCUGGCCGGGAUCUGCCUACCAACGCUCUCCACAAUCUGACUGCCAAGACUGGCUGUGCUACAGGACUUCCUGGCCUGGGUGUGACUGUUCUGAUGGCCACACUGUGGCUGAAGUCUGUCUAUGAACACUCCACAUGCUGACUUGGUCCACUUCCACUGGGUACUACUGCAGGGAAGUUGCUGCCUGGUCCACCAAGAUGCUUUUUAUUUGGUUUUUAGACUAUUUAUAUUGGUUGGGCCUUGCUGCAGUACACUUGAGGUUUAUUAGAUAGAGCCUCCGGGGCUCAGGAAUCCCUUGUCUAGUCCCCUUCCUUUGAGGUUGAGCUCCCUGGCUUUCUUGAAACCAAUUGCUCAUUUCCCCAUCUGUGGGGACAAUGAUGGGAGUGGUAGUCACUGGGGCCUGAGAGGUAAACUGGGGCUGAUCCCCUUAUCCAUCACCUGGGGAGAUGAGCCUUGCCAUCUCCUAUAGUUCUGAAUGUACAGAUGCUCCAAACCUCUAAAAAAAGCUCCCCAAAGCGUCAAGGUAGCUACAGCCAGCAAGGACCAGGGACCUUUCCUUGGUCUUUUUGAGUGACUUGAGGACUGCCUUCCUGCAAGAAGAUUCCUUGGAAGAAAUGAGGGCAAGAGGUGGGAGGAAAUGUGUUUUAUUUUUUCCUUUUUGCCAAAGGUUUAACUUCAGUGUCUGAGCAUUGGUUCUUGUCUCCAGAAGCUCAGUUUAUAAUGCACUGAUAGACUGGUGUGUAUAGAGGAGGGGAUGUUUACUUUUGUAAAUCCCUGUGCUUUCUAUACCUGCCCUGGUGUUCUCCCUGAGGGGAACAGGGUGUGUGUGACUGUGGAAGACACGGUACCUUCUCUAGUGUAGUUCUUUUCAAUAACAACCAAUGUUGGGAAAUGA